AAAUGAUAUGGAAUACUCAUAAGCUCCGCACCAAUCAUAGAAAAACAAAAUUCAAAACUAGUUACUUCCAAAACCUAAGUAAUGGCUGUAACAAAUACUCCUACUACUUGUGAUGGUUUCUUCAUCGUAAUCCUCACCACUCUCAUCAUCUCAUCUUCAUUGUUUGGAACUUCAAAUGCGCAGUUAAAUGCAACGUUUUACUCAGGGACGUGCCCUAACGCAUCUGCCAUCGUACGUACCACUAUUCAGCAAGCCCUUCAGUCCGACUCUAGAAUCGGAGCUAGCCUCAUCCGCCUUCAUUUUCACGACUGUUUUGUUAAUGGGUGUGACGCAUCGAUCUUGCUUGACGACAGUGGAAGCAUCCAGAGCGAGAAGAAUGCUGGACCGAAUGCAAACUCGGCAAGAGGAUUCAACGUUGUCGAUAAUAUCAAGACUGCCCUUGAGAACGCUUGUCCCGGCGUCGUCUCUUGUUCUGACGUUUUAGCUCUUGCCUCAGAAGCCUCAGUUUCUUUGUCAGGAGGGCCUUCAUGGACUGUAUUAUUGGGCAGAAGAGAUAGUCUCACAGCAAACCAAGCCGGGGCAAAUUCGUCAAUUCCUUCUCCAGUAGAAAGCCUUACUAACAUCACAUCAAAAUUUUCAGCUGUCGGGCUAAAUACAAAUGAUCUAGUAGCCUUAUCUGGUGCACAUACCUUCGGACGUGCUCGAUGUGGAGUGUUCAGUAACAGACUAUUCAACUUCAGCGGCUCGGGAAAUCCUGACCCAACUCUAAACACUACGCUUCUAAGCAGUCUUCAACAGAUAUGUCCUCAAAACGGCACCGGAUCAGGGAUCACUAAUCUUGAUCUGAGCACACCUGACGCGUUCGAUAACAAUUACUUCACCAACCUUCAGAGCAACAACGGGCUUCUUCAGUCAGACCAAGAACUGUUCUCUACCACCGGUUCAGCCACGAUUGCGAUUGUUACUUCCUUCGCAAGUAACCAGAGUCUGUUUUUUCAGGCCUUUGCUCAGUCCAUGAUCAACAUGGGGAAUAUUACUCCCUUGACAGGGAACAGUGGAGAGAUAAGACUAGACUGUAAGAAGGUUAACGGAAGUUGAUUUCCUUCAAGCUCUUUAGCGUUUUGCUUACUAUUUGCAUGGUUAAACAAACCUUUUUGUUUUUCAUUAAAAAAGUUAUUCCAAGAAGCUCGAUCACUUAAAAUAUGUGGUUUCUAUGAAUAUUUUAAAGACAUUUUAAUGAUAAUUGAUUGCCAAUUUUUAAAUCUGCA